AUCGGCCAUUUUUCUUUGGGGACUCUGUGCAGUCCACAUGAGCACAGCUGGCUGAUGAAACCGUCGGGUAACUUGUGGAGCAUAUAAAUAGGAUUUAAACACCCGUUCUAGCAUUAAUUCAACUAUUUCGUUUACACCAGUCAACUGGUCCAAAAACGCUCGAUACGGGAACUCGUUGGUAGAACUGUGAGUACGACCAUUAACUGACAACACAGUGAAGCAAUAACCAUGUCUGGACACGGUGGACCCGGUUCAGAUGACACGUUUCUGUUCUCAUCAGAGUCGGUAAAGGAAGGCCAUCCAGAUAAAAUCUGUGACUGUGUGAGUGAUGCCAUUUUAGAUGCUCAUCUUGAACAGGAUCCCAACGCUAAGGUGGCAUGUGAAUGUUUUGCCAGUAAUGGCAUGAUAUUGGUUGGCGGCGAGAUUACAUCGCACGCAGUUAUUGACUAUGCCCAGAUUGUGAGAGAUGUAGUCAAAGAAGUUGGAUAUUCAUCCUCUGAAAUGGGAUUUGAUUACCUGACAUGUAAUGUGAUGACCACGCUGCAGCAACAAGACCCUCAGAUUUCACAUGCAGUGCAUGAAAACCGUGAUUUGGAUCAUCUUGGCGCUGGAGACCAAGGAUUAAUGUUUGGAUAUGCCACUGACGAGACUGAGGAAUGUAUGCCUCUCACCUCCCUGCUGGCACAUCAGCUGAACCGUAAAUUGCACGAUAAUUGGAAGAAUGGUACAAUGCCGUGGGUUCGUCCUGAUGGAAAGUGUCAGGUAACUGUAGAAUAUAAAAUGGAUGGCGGAGCUACAGUUCCAUUGCGUGUUCACAAUGUCUUGAUGUCUACUCAGCAUGAUGAGAAAGUAUCAAACGAGCAAAUUAAGCAAGAUUUAAUGGACAAAGUUGUGAAGGAAGUAAUUCCUUCCAAAUACCUUGAUGAAGAAACAGUUUAUUAUCUGAAUCCUUCUGAAAUGUUCACUCAAGGUGGACCUAGGAGUGACGCUGGUUUGACUGGAAGAAAGAUUAUCGUAGAUACUUAUGGUGGUUGGGGAGCACAUGGCGGUGGUGCAUUUUCUGGUAAAGACUGCAGCAAAGUGGACAGGUCUGGGGCAUACGCUGCACGAUGGGUUGCCAAGUCGCUGGUCAAAGCAGGUCUCUGUAGACGUUGUCUAUUCCAGGUUGCUUAUGGCAUUGGUAUAGCAGAGCCCUUAUCAAUGGCUAUCUUCCACUUUGGAACGUCUAAUCGUACUGAGAAGGAACUAUUGAACAUUAUCAAGUCAAACUUUGAUCUACGCCCAGGGGCAGUGAUAAGAACCUUGGAUCUUCGAAAACCAAUAUUCAAGCAAACCAGCUGCUAUGGACAUUUCGGAAGACCAGAAUUCCCCUGGGAAGUCCCCAAGAAAUUGAACUUCUGAGUCAUUCAGGAUCUAUGUACUCAACAUUAUAUUCAGACAUUUAGCAUUAAUUUGAUCAUGUGAUUUAAUUCAAUAAAAGAAAUAUUCUAUGUAAUUAAUUU